AUGUCUAAACCACACCUUGAACACGAGACCCCGGAGCAAGGCGGUCUGCAAAGGACGUUGAAAGAUCUUUUCGCAGGUGCCGUUGGUGGCGUAGCACAAGUGCUUCUGGGUCAACCAUUUGACAUUGUCAAAGUCCGAUUGCAAACCACCUCGCAAUACUCAGGCGCCCUCGAUGCCGCCACAAAAAUCUACCAAAAUGAAGGAGCACUCGCUUUCUACAAGGGCACUCUCACACCCCUCAUCGGAAUCGGUGCAUGUGUAUCCGUCCAAUUUGGCGGCUUCCACUACGCGCGCCGCGCCUUUGAAGCUCAAAACAAGGCGAAAACCGGGAAUGCACAGCUGUCCUACUCUCAGUACUACGCUGCCGGUGCAUUUGCUGGUAUCGCGAAUACGGCACUGUCAAGUCCUAUCGAGCAUAUCCGUAUCAGACUGCAGACGCAGCCCCACGGCGCCAAUCGCCUGUACAAUGGCCCGAUCGACUGUGUCCGCAAACUCUCCGCACACCAAGGCGUGCUCGGCGGCGUCUACCGCGGCACAGCCGUAACCUUUCUCCGCGAAGCACAAGCCUACGGCGUGUGGUUCACUACCUUUGAGUACCUCAUGAACGCGGACGCGGCCCGCAACCACAUCGCCCGUGACCAAAUCAGUACCUGGAAAAUCGCGUUUUAUGGUGGCCUUGCUGGCGAGAUGCUCUGGAUCAGUAGCUAUCCGUUUGAUGUGGUCAAGAGCAAGAUGCAAAGUGAUGGGUUUGGAGAGGCGCAAAAGUACAAGAGUAUGAGAGAUUGCUUUGCGAAAGUGUGGAGAGCUGAGGGCAUGGGCGGGUUUUGGAGGGGAAUCGGUCCGACAUUACUGCGCGCUCUCCCCGUAAGUGCAGGAACGUUUGCGACUGUCGAAGUCACUAUGCGUUUCAUCUCUUGA